AUGAAAUCUGCCCUCAAGUGGGAUGUUAUCGCCAAAUGCGGGACCACAAAGGCCCGUGCCGCCGUCCUGACCCUCCCUCACGGUCCCGUCAACGCCCCCGUCUUUAUGCCCGUUGGAACUCAGGGCACACUCAAGGGCAUCACCCCAGACCAAAUCGAGGGACUCGGCUGUCAAAUCAUGCUCAACAACACCUACCACCUUGGUUUGCGACCAGGACAGGAAUUGUUGGACACCUGCGGCGGGGCACAUGUUUUUCAAGGAUGGAACCGCAACUUGUUGACGGACAGUGGUGGAUUCCAGAUGGUUUCCCUCUUGAAGUUAGCAGAGAUCACAGAAAAGGGUGUUCAAUUUGAGUCCCCUCACGACGGAUCAUUGAUGCUCCUCACCCCAGAGCACUCUAUGUCGCUUCAGAACUCGAUCGGCGCUGAUAUUAUGAUGCAGCUGGAUGAUGUUGUUUCUUCAUUGACUACUGGACCUCGCGUUGAGGAAGCCAUGUGGCGAUCUAUCCGCUGGUUGGACAGAUGUAUCAAGGCACACAAAAAGCCAGAGUCGCAGAACCUGUUUGCAAUUAUUCAAGGAGGACUGGAUCCAGCAUUGAGAAAGCAGUGCAUCGAGGAAAUGGUCAAGCGCGACACACCUGGAUACGCCAUUGGAGGAUUGAGCGGUGGAGAGGAGAAGGACAAGUUCUGGAGGGUUGUUUCGCAAUGCACAGAUCUGAUGCCCAGAGAGAAGCCUAUCUACUGUAUGGGUGUUGGAUAUGCGGAGGAUUUGGUCGUGUGUGUGGCAUUGGGCGUGGACAUGUUUGACUGUGUCUUCCCAACAAGAACGGCGCGCUUCGGUAACGCAUUGACGGCGACGGGGACGCUAAGCUUGCGCCAGGCCAAGUUCAAGGACGACUUUAGGCCGAUUGAGGAAGGCUGCGACUGCAUUGCGUGCAAAUCGUACACGAGAGCGUACCUGUACACGAUUGUGACCAAGGAGACUGUUGGAUGUCACUUGAUUUCGAUCCACAACACGGCAUACCAGCUGCGGUUGAUGAGACAGGUUCGGGAGAGUAUUAUCGAGGACCGGUUCCCCCAGUUCAUCCACAAGUUCUUCAAAGACCUGUUUGUGGAGAAGGCUGCAUACCCCGAGUGGGCGGUGAACGCAUUGAAGAGUGUGAACGUUGAUCUUAUCCAAGGCGAGAAUCAGCCCUAG